AUGGCUUGCUGUAUGUUACAAAUCACUGGUCUAAUAUUCGGAGGUGUCGGCAUGGUCGGGACUUUGGCAGCCACAGUUAUGCCGCAGUGGAGAGUUUCUGCCUACAUUGAUGGCAACAUCGUGGUGUUCGAGACAAUCUGGGAAGGACUGUGGAUGGACUGCGUCAGUCAGCUGGGCAUCAGGCUGCAGUGCAAAUUCUACGACUCUGUCCUGGCUCUCCCCCCACCCUUGGAGGCAUUCAGAGCCCUCAUGUGCAUUGCAGUGAUCCUGUCAAUCAUUUCCUUUUUGUUGGCCAUUGUUGGUGUGAAGUACACUCACAGGACCAAGGAGGAUCCCCAGGGCAUCAGUAUCUUCAUACUGGGAGCUGGAGUUGCCUUUCUCCUGACGGGCACCCUCGUUCUGAUCCCCGUGUCCUGGACUGGAGGUAGCAUCAUUCGUGACUUCUAUGAUCCAAAAGUUCCUAUGCCACUGAAACGAGAACUAGGAGCUGCUCUCUAUGUGGGCUGGGUGAGCACUGCACUUCUCAUCGCUGCAGGAGCAAUGUACUGUGGCUUCUGGUGCUGGGCUGAUGCAUCCUCAAAAUCCAGGCUUUCCCAAUGGCAUGGGAAUAGCAGCAGCCAGGAGUCUCUCAGAGAAGACGAACAGCAUACGGUUGCGCUGGAAGGAAGGCAGUUGCUGUGCAAUAGCAUCAUUGCUCUCCCCUAA